AUGCGGAGAGGUGGACGGCCACUUACUCGAGUGCGGAUCCAUAGAGACAAGUUCGGCUUCGAUAUUUCCGUCAUUCGUUUGCGAGGCCGCCAUGCAGGGCACGGCCGGAACCUCCUGAUUCAUCCUGGAAAUCCUGGAGAUAGCGGUAUGGGCUUCAUGUACAAGCACGGGGGUCACCUGAGCACGAUCAUCGGAGAGGGACAUCAUAUCGUCUCCUUCGACACUCGAGGCUUGAACUCGUCAUGGCCUCAGGUCAAGUGCUUUCAAGAGGAUAAGGGCCGAAAGAAAAGUCUCGAUCUGUGGUACAAGUACAUCAAGAGCAAAGAAGACGCCCGCGUUCUUUGGCAAAAGGCCCGGAGAUUUGUGAAGGCUUGUGAGACUAACAUGGGCCAACACGGCAAAUACACCAACUCGCUACAAAUUGCAGCUGACAUGGAAGCUAUUCGGAAAGGCCUGGGUCAGGAUACGCUGAACUUUUGGGGACUCAGCUACGGAGGUGUCCUUGGUCAUACAUAUUCCGUCUUAUUUCCUGAUAGAGUUGGACGUGUGAUUCUCGAUGGCUCUCUCCACCCCAAGGAGUGGUUCGGCUUUUCUGCAUUCGGUGAGCUUGGUUAUAGAGUCACCAAGUGUUUUGAGUCGUUCAUCCACAGGUGCCACUCAAACAGGGCGAGAUGCCCGUUCGAGCCACUUCCUGAUGAUGAUAAGGCUCUUCGGGCCGAGGCGCUCUCAUUUGUUGAGAAAAUUAAAACUCUCAAGACUCCAACCGUGCGGCUCAAUAGCACCCACCAUGGCCUUAUUGGGAGACUGGAUGUUUGGACCAAAGGUAUAAUACCCGCGCUGGGAAGUCCACUCAAGUGGCACGAUCUUGCCAACCGGCUUGCAAGUCUCAUGCGUGGAGAUCCCGAGGAAGCAUUUUUGGCAUAUGGGACUUACCACGAGCCGCCCUUUAACGGCCCUGAAAUGAAUGAUUAUUACGACCUUGUUGUUCUGAAUGAUGCCGCAGACGGAGAGUGGAAUAGCGAGGAGUGGAAUGAUGAUUAUAGAAUGAGCAACAUUAUCACAAGUUCAUUCCUAGAUUUCCACCCGACGGCCCUCAUCGAAUUCGAGCGCUUUUUGCAGGUGACGCGAUGGCGCAAUACUCUGACCAACCCCGUGAUGUGGGAGGAUCAACCCGAAGAAAAACCCGGCAACCCUAUCUUGUUUAUUUCGACCGGUGAACCCUGCGUUGGGGGCGAUCCUGUUUUCAGACGUGACGGCAAUGAAUGGCUCGCCAUACAGGAUCGUGCGGGUCACACCAGCAUAAGCAUGCCAUCCAAGUGCGUGGCACUGGCGAUCCGCGAAUUUCUAGACGGCCGCCCCCCAACAAGUCAGGGUGCUUUCGAAUAG